CCGUUUGUCCGUCCUAUGGGGCUUGAGAACUACGACGUCAUCGCUCUCCAAGCUCAUGUCGCUGUCGUUCGACCAACCCAUCGUUAACAGUCAUGCCUAGAGACGACUUGUCCAUCGACUUCGUCAAGAGGAUGCCUCAGACCGAGCCCCUCGACCCAGGCCUGAUCCUGGACGACUGGAUCAAUCGCGUCCAGAACCUUCCCGAGGAGAUCCGAUUCAUCCAGGAGGAGAUUUCCGACAAGGAUCGCCAGUAUGCCGAAUGUAUUCGCAUGGUCGAGGAUCGCGACGGCAAGAUCCAGAAAUGGAUCAAAACCAAUGGCAGCCACGAACCAAACCCUAAAGAGGAUUUGCUACGCGCGCAGGUUCGCGAGAAUUAUGCGAAAGCCGACCAACUAUCCCAGGACAAGAUGACCCUGAUGCAGAAGCUGCAAGUCAUAAUGGACAAGCACCUCCGCAGCCUCGAUAUCCAGGUUAAGCUCCUCUACGACCGGGCUGAGCCUGGCUUCACCGAUCCUGACGAAGUGCCCUCGUUGCUCAGAGCUAGCGCCGCCAACCAAACCGUUCCCAACAUCCGCUCCCUCAACUUGACGAGCACAAUCACCACGGCCGGCCCAGCUGCUGUGCCCCUAACGACAGUCCCAACAUCGUCCAACCCCGCCAUGGCUCGACUCCCUAGCCACCCGAACGUUCGACACGCCCAAGGCCAACCGCAUCCCUCAUCCGCCCCUGCUACUCCGGCAGCCAGCAUGAUCCUCAACAGACAACGCGAAAGCUCUGCAGGGCCCAUAACGAAACGGGGACCUCGCGCCAACCCAGCCCUAGGCAGCAUUCCCGUCACAUCCAGCGGUCUAGCAAGACAUGCGUCAUUGGGACCAGGCACUCCUAAGGGAAGUGCUCCCAAUGGACCGGGCUCUCUUACCAGAGCUGGGAGUGCUGGUCCAAGAUCGAGUUCAGUCAAGUCGACAGGAAUGGCCGUCGGCCGUCGAGGCACCCCGACUGCUGGUUCACGGAAGAAGCCAAUCAACAAGUCUUCGCUGUCGCGAGUCAAGAAGGCAUCCAAUAGAAACUCGCCCGCGCCGACCGCCGAUAGCGAGCUCUCUGACCCAGAAAGCGGCAGUGGAGAUGACGAAGAUGGCGGCGACGGACGAUCCAGGGGGACGCCCGCUGCGGAUGGCAAAGACGGGGACGGGGAUGACGUGCUAGGCGACGCUGAUGAUGACGACGACGAUGGAGGCGACGAUAAAAAGUACUGCCUUUGUCAUAACGUGAGCUACGGCGACAUGGUUGCCUGCGACAAUGACAAUUGUCCCUAUGAGUGGUUCCACUGGUCGUGUGUUGGACUUAAGAGCGAACCGAACGGUACAUGGUACUGUCCAGUCUGUACCGAGAAGUUUCAAAAGAAAAGCAUCAAGUAGCUUUGAGGAGUUGAAG